AUACAGUCAAAACGUGUUAUUUAUUUGCGUUUUAUUCAAUCUCUUUUCAGUGUGCUCCUGUUUCUCAGACGACUCUUUAGUCCAUCCUGAAAUUAUACACUUUCAUCAUACUCUUCACUGUACCAGGUUCUUUCCGAUCGGAAAUCUUACAUAGCAACUGCAGCAACCUUCUAACCGAAAUGGUUAACUUCCUGUCAAUCAUACUGCCAAUUUUAUUCUUUGUUCUGGCACCCAGCGGGAUUCAAGGACAAAGCGAUCACACACUUCAGUUGUACGAUGGGCCACUAAGUAGCCCCGGAUCAUGGAUAAGUGUCAAUAAUUACGUCGAAAAUCUUCAAAAUUACGCCUUCAACGACCUGGCGUCCUCUAUGUGCGUUAUUCGGGGCAUAUGGCUCUUUUAUGAAAACCCAAGUUACAAUAGUGUUUUCUUGGGAUUAUCAGCAUUCUAUUGGGGAGAAAACUUUUGUGAGGAUCUACCGACAGGUUUGAAUAAUCAGGUGUCAUCGGUUCGCUACGCGGGAUCACCUUACGGCUUCCAAGCCGAUUCCAUAAACAUCUAUCAAGUUGACUGGUUUCAGUCCUAUGAAGUAUUUGCCGCUACUGAUUCACUGGACUUAAGUCCGUAUUAUGGUGGUUCCAUAAUCGUUACGGGAAGAAGCUAUUGGACCAUUUACGAUUCUCCAAAUUACCAAGGCUACCGCGUUUGCGUUUCACCUGCAGAUAUUACUUAUGCCUACCCUGGAUUCUACACGCAGGCUUCUGAAUUCGGUUUUAGCGGUAGAGUGAUUCGCAGUGCACGCAGAGGCUGCUGGACCGAAAACAAUUUCCGACCAACAUUUUCUGCUCAGCCAGGGAAAUUAUAUCGUCGAAAUUGAAAAUCGCGUUCCCGUUAACCUCUUUCCAGCUGUUUUUUAACAUCCCGAAACGGAAGGUUAUUUGACAACAUUUUUCGACAUUACCCAUUUGUUCGUCUUAUGCAUCUAUAGUAAUGGUAAUAGAAGUAUCCGCAAGAAA